AUGCGAGUCGCAGCGCCUGCUUCAGAGCUUCGAGACUUGUUGACAUCUCUGGCCGAACAAAAAGAGGAGCAAUCUGCUUUCAACGCCUUGGGUACGGCCUUUCAAUGCCUUGGUGUUCGAUUGGACUCCCAGCAUUGUACGCUGGCCAUAUCAUGCUGCGCUUCAGCCAGACUCUGGACGCAUGCUUGCUGGCUUUUGGCGGCGAUGCCAGCUCAGCUCGGGCUUCGGCGCAACGUGGUGAACUGGGGUGCGGCCAUCAGCGCAGCUCGAAAAGGCGAUCAAUGGCAGCUGGCUUUAAGGAUCUUUGGCGACAUGCCAUCUGUGAGUGUCGAAAGAAAUGUGGUCACCUACAAUGCCGCCAUCGCAUCUUCCCGUCGUGGAUCGGAAUGGGUGCUGGCACUCAGGUGGUUGAACACCAUGGUUACAGAGAGUGUGCGUUGCAACAGCAUCACCUUCAAUACUGCUAUGAGUUGCUGUGAGAAGGGAAGCCAGUGGCAACAGUCUUUGAGUUUGCUCUUUGCCAUGCAGGAAGCAAUGGUCAUGCCGGACGUGAUCAGCUUCAGCUCCGCCAUCAGCUCUUGCGUGAAGCAAGGGCGUUGGCAAGUGACACUCAACUUGUUUGAUUCCAUGAUCUCAGCAGAGAUUCAGCCAGACAUUAUAAUCUUUGGAGCGAUCAUUAGCUCCUUCGAGAAGGGGAACCAAUGGCAACUGGCCUUAUCGUUUUUCGGAGCGAUGCCGCAAGCCAGCGUGAGGCCCAAUGACGUAAGCUUCAAUGCAGCGAUCAGUAGCUGUGAAAAGGGUCAACAGUGGCAACAUUCCUUGAUGCUCUUCGAUUGGAUGACCAGAGCCAGUGCCAUCAUCCCAGACGUGAUCAGUUUCAGUGCUACCAUCAGCUCGUGUGCCAAGGGCAGACGAUGGGAAGAAGCCCUAGUCUUAUUUGCUGCGAUGCCCGUAGUCAAGGUGAAGGCCAACAUUUUCAGCUUCAGCUCUGCGAUGACUGCUUGCGAGGAAGGCAGUCAAUGGCAGCAAGCACUGUCUUUAUUCGAGGCCAUACGUACGGCACGGCUGCAGAUUGAUCUAGUUUGCUUCAACUCGGCGAUUUCUUCCUGUGAGAAGGGGAGCCAGUGGAGGGAGGCCCUCCAAGCAUUUCAUGUCAUGGACCAGGAAAGCCUUCGACCAAAUUUGGUCAGUUUCAAUGCCGUCAUCAGUGCUUGUGGCAGCCAAUGGCACUGGAGCCUGCGCUUGUUGCAGCUCAUGUCCGAGCUUCGUGUCUUGCCGGACCUCCUCAGCUUUGCUUUGGUCGCUGAAGCCCUCGGCUCGCGAGUGCCCGGUACGGAGGCUUUGUCCUCCAUCUUGGAUGCGAUGUCAUCUUGCACAGUGGACCAGCUGGCAUCCCUGGCACCGAGCGUUUGCCGCGGCCUGCGCCGCGGCCUGGUGCCGCCGGCGGUCUCAGCGGUGCAGCGGAGAUUUCUGAACCUGCACGAGUACCAGGUGCGGCAGUCGCGGCAGAAGGGGUUCGGCGUGGGCGUGCCCAAGAACUUGCCCGCCUUCUCCCCAGAGGAGGCCGUGGAGAAGGCGAACGAGAUGCCGGGCGAUGAAGUCGUUGUCAAGGCACAGGUGCUCGCCGGUGGGAGAGGCUUGGGACACUUCAAGGAGAAGCUUUCGCAGGGGGCGGUGCUGUGGUGCGCCGGGGCAAAGGAGGAGGAGAACAACUUCCAAGGCGGCGUCCACAUCGUGAAGAAGGAGAAGGUCAAGGAGGUGGCAGAGAAGAUGUUGGGCAAAACGCUCAUCACCAAGCAGACUGGAGCAGAAGGAAAGCCCAACAACACGGUGCUGCUGGCUGAGAAGGUCUCCAUUAAAGAUGAGAAAUACUUUGCCAUUCUCAUGGACCGCUCCAGUGGAGGCCCCUUGAUGAUUGGAAGCAAGACUGGAGGAACCUCCAUCGAGGACAUCGCGGCCGCGGACCCCACGGCGAUCAUCAAGACACCUGUGGACAUCAUCGAAGGCAUCAAGCCGGAGGCCGCAGAGAAGAUGGCCACGGAGAUGGGCUUCAGCGGCGCCCAGGCGACGGGACGGGCCACUCUGAUGGCCAACCUGUACAAGGUCUUCAUCGAGUGCGACUGCACCAUGUUGGAGAUCAACCCCUUAGCCUCCCUCACGGAUGGCCGCGUCUUGGUUUGCGACUCCAAGGUGAACUUCGAUGACAACGCCUCCUACCGACAGAAGGAAAUUCAUGAUCAGCGGGACGUCAGCCAGGAGAAUCCCAUUGAGGUGGAAGCCAAGAAGUAUGACCUGAACUACAUCAAGUUGGAAGCUUGGGAGCAAGCAGAUUGGUUUGCGGAUGGCAACGUGGCCUGCAUGGUGAACGGCGCGGGUCUCGCCAUGUCCACCAUGGACUUGUUGAGCAUCCUGGGUGGCAGCCCAGCGAACUUCUUGGAUGUGGGUGGCGCAUCGACUGUAGAGACCAUGACGAUGGCCUUCAAGAUCAUCAUGGGAGAUCCCAACGUGAAGUCCAUCUUCGUGAACAUCUUCGGCGGCAUCGCCCGCUGCGACCACAUCGCCGAGGCCGUGGUGGCGGGUGUCAAGGCCGUGGGCGGCAACGCUGCCAUCAAGCCGCUGGUGAUCCGCCUCGAAGGCACCAAUGUGGAAGCCGGCAUGAAGAUCAUUCAGGUGCGCAAUGAGCCUCGCAGACUCACUCGAUAUCUGGAAGAAAAUCCGGUGAGACCUUUUGAUCUCCCUUUGCAUGGUCAGCUCGAGGUUAAAGUCUAA